AUGCUUGCAUGUUCACCAGCUUUUCUGCCAUAUCCAUAUGACAACAAAAAUCCAAGCAACAUUCAGCAAAACGUUGGUUACCCAUUUCAAUAUGGGAUGGGACCUCCGAGGCCAGUUAUCGCUACAAGCUCCGCAACAAGUGUUAGGGUUAGUGAAAAAAAUAGGCCCGAUUGUUUAGAAAUUGAACCUCCAUGUUCUUCAACUAGAGUUGAUGAAGAAAUUAUAUUGGAUAGACCAGAUGAACGGGAAAUUGACGAUGGCACUACCGGUACACCAUGGGUAGUGCCAUCAUUGGAUAGUGAUGAUAUCAUUGAGGAGCCAAAGUCGGGGAUGGAGUUUAAUUUGUUUGAAGAUUUGUUGAGCUAUUAUAAACAGUAUGCAAAGAAAUGCGGGUUUGGGGUGAUGACACAGAGGAGUGAGAGGUCAGAGGAUCAAAGUGUCAGAUAUGUCACCAUUGGUUGUGCACGGGGAGGGAAGGCCCGGAAUAAGAGUUCGAAUGUCGCCAACCCACGUCCGACGGGGAAAACGGGCUGUAAGGCAAGAAUUAAUGCCUUAAGAGUUGAGGGAAAGAUGCGGAUAACAACUGUGCAUAAUACACAUAAUCACGGCCUCAGCCCAAAAAAAUCCCGCUUUUUUCGAUGUAACAGAGAAGUGAGUGAGACCGUUAAAAGAGUCCUAGACACGAACGACUUAGCUGGCAUCCGAUUGAAUAAGAGUUACGGUUCUCUUGUUGUUGGCGCAGGUGGCUUCGAGAACCUCCCAUUUUUAGAAAAAGAUUGUCGCAAUUACAUCGACAAAGCACGACAUCUGCGACUUGGCGCAGGUGGUGCUGGAGCACUACGGGAUUAUUUUAUGAGAAUGCAGUACAAGAAUAAUGGAUUUUUUGCAUUGAUGGAUCUAGGCGAUGACGGUAGAUUAAAGAAUGUUUUUUGGGCAGAUCCACGUAGUCGGGCAGCCUACCAGUAUUUUGGUGAUUGUAUGGACGGUAUAGCUCCAAAGGCUAUUAUUACUGAUCAAGACAGAGCAAUGAAAAAUGCAAUUGCUACUGUCUUUCCAGAAACUCGACAUAGAUUAUGCUUGUGGCAUAUACUGAAGAAAGUCCCUGAGAAGCUUGGGUCGUAUGCUGCGUACAGAAGUGAGCUAAAAACUCAACUAAUGAAAUGUGUGUAUGACACACAAACUAUUGAGGAGUUUGAGAAAUGUUGGGCUGGGUUUAUUAACACAUACGACUUACAUGAGAAUGUGUGGUUGAAAAGUUUAUAUGUGGAGCGUGAGUAUUGGGUACCGGUAUUCCUGAAAGAGCAUUUUUGGGCUGGAAUGAGUACAACCCAGCGCAGCGAGAGUAUGAAUGCUUUUUUUGACGGUUAUGUUCACUCGAAGACAAACUUGAAGGAGUUUGUCGACCAGUUUGACAGUGCGUUGAGGAAGAAAAUUGAGAAUGAAAACCAUGCGGAAUUCCAGUCAUUUAGCCAGGUCAUUCCCUGCAUAUCUAGAUCUCUAAUCGAAAAGAAAUUCCAAGAGUUGUACACUAACGCUAAAUUUAGGGAAGUUCAUCAGCAAGUAAUUGGUCUGCUCGAUUUGGAUCCAUCUCUACUUACAUCGGAUGGUGUAAUGAAGAGUUAUUUGCUAGAAGAUGAAGUUCGUAUUGAGGAGUUCACUAAACCAGUGACAUUUUUAGUGGACUUUAAUGAGGAAGACUGCAGUGCUAAGUGUUCAUGUGGGUUAUUUCAGAUGAGAGGGAUACUGUGUAGGCAUAUUUUGGCCGUAUUCAAGUGUAACGGUAUAAAAUCAUUGCCAGACCGGUACAUCUUGGACCGAUGGAGAAAGGACAUCAAGAGGAGAUACACGUUCAUUCGCAGUAGUUAUGACGCAGGGGAGCAGAGGUCAAAUGGUCAUAGAUAUUCAAUUCUUUUAAAUAUGUGUUAUGGGAUGAUAACUUAUGUGGCGGAUUCUAAUGAGCAAUUCGAAGAUGCAAAGAAGAGGAUACAUGAGAUGACUGAAUGUUAUCGCGAGCAAACACGCAACUUAUCUCAAAUCCAAACAGGUUCGAAUGCUGGUUUGAUGACAGAGAACAAAAAUACAGUUGGUAGUUCACAACAAGUGAAGAGUCCACUUGUUGUGAGAGGGAAAGGAAGACCCCCAUCUCUGAGGCGAGCAUCCAGGAUGGAGACGGACAUGUGA